UUGAAAUUCAAAUGCGAAGCGUUCGUUGGUUAUCGAUGAAUCUCACUUCAAUACUCCACUUUCCCUCAAAACUAAACUAAACCCAUCUCUCUCUCUCCCCACCACCCACAAAGUUUUUAAAUUUUUGGAUUUCAGUUGUUAGAGUGCAACAUUUUCCCCCUAAUACCCAAAAAGCCUGGAAAUUUUCUCUUUUUUUCUGUCCUUAAGACACCACUGCUUCUAAAGUUUUGACUAUUUGAUCUCCAUCAUUUUUGGCUUUCAUUUAAUACUCAUUGCUCUGUUUCCUCUCUGAUUUGAUGGGGGGUUCUGCGAAAUGGAUGAAGGUUUUCAUAGGACAGAAGAAGUCUGAAAAGGAAGACAAUGAGAAGUUGGGUAAUACUAAAACUAAGAAAUGGAGGCUAUGGAGAAGCCCAUCAGGGGAUUUGAGCUCUGCUUGGAAAGGUUAUAAAGGGGGACAUAAAGCAGCUUCUGAAGGCUCUGAUUCUCCUAGAGCGGCUGAUUCUUUUACGGCCGCCGUCGCCACUGUCCUCCGUGCUCCGCCGAGGAAUUUUAAGGCUGUCCGCCAAGAAUGGGCUGCAAUUAGGAUUCAAACUGCAUUUCGUGGUUUCUUGUCUAGGAGGGCUCUUAGGGCCUUGAAGGGAGUGGUGAGGCUUCAAGCUCUGGUGAGGGGUCGUUUGGUGAGGAAGCAGGCAGCUGUUACACUGAGGUGCAUGCAGGCUCUGGUUCGAGUCCAAGCUCGAGUCAGGGCACGUCGUGUGAGGAUGUCAGUCGAGGGGCAGGCUGUGCAGCAAUUGCUUAACGUACAUCGCAGCAAGGCUGAUCUCUUGAAGCAAGCUGAGGAAGGUUGGUGUGAUAGCAAAGGGACAUUGGAAGAUAUCAAAUCUAAGUUACAAAUGAGGCAAGAUGGAGCAUUUAAGAGGGAGAGAGCAAUUGCUUACUCUCUUGUUCAAAAGCAAUUGAAGGCAACACCAAACUCAACUUCACGAACAAAUGCUUCAAUUUACGCCCUUAAGAGUUACGAGUUCGACAAGAACAAUUGGGGAUGGAGUUGGUUGGAGAGAUGGAUGGCAGCGAAGCCAUGGGAGACGAGGUUGAUGGAACAAUCCCGCACAGAAUCAUUUGAGGUCACUCCGCCUUCAAAGAGCUGUAUCGAGUCUGUUGUGUCUAAACAUUCCAAAGGUUCUGAACCAAGUUUAGUGAAAGUCAGGAAGAACAAUGUAUCAACUAGGAUUUCUGCUAAACCUCCCUCAAGUGGGCAAACUCGUUCUUGUUCUAGCCCAAGUUCUGAUUUCUGGUAUGAUGAAAGUUCUGCUUCAUCUUCAAUCUGUACGUCGACAACUCCCGCGUCGGGGCAUGCUUUCUCAACCGCUGAAAGAACAGAGAAUGGCAGUUACAGUAGGCCGAGUUACAUGAACCUUACAGAGUCAACAAAGGCGAAACAAAAAACAAAUAGUCACUUAUCACACCGAGUUCAAAGGCAGUCCAUGGAUGAGUAUCAAUUCCUUCAGAAGUCAGCAGCUUUCUCAAAUGGGGAUUCUAAGAGCAGUGCUGGCUCUGAUUCAUCAGUCAAUCCCUUUAAGCCAUUGAUGCUGCCAACACGAUUGGAUAAGAAUGGAACAAAGUUAAGAUCAUGAGCAAUUACACAGAGGCUCGCUUAAUCAAAUCAGCUUUGAGAUUGAAACAUGUUUCUGGUAAUUCUAGAAGAGUUCUGCACCGCCUUAUUUCUUAAUUCCUGCCAUCCAAAUUGUGUAUCAUUCGAAAGAGUUGAUAUUUGUUUCAUGUCCAAUGGAGAAUGGCUCGUUCUUUGUAUUA